CCUUAAGAGGGUCUGAGAGUUUCCACUCGGCCUCCGGCACCAAGCCCCGACGCCUCACUACGCCCGGGAACCGCCACGGCGCUGCGUUUCAGCGACUCCUAAGAUGGCCGCGGCCGCUUCCGGCCCCGCCCCGCCAAGUCCCACCCACCGCUCGUGUCUGUUCCGGAAGUGGAAAUAGCAACGAGGUCAGAGGGCGGAGCUGGUGCUUAGAGACGGCGGGAGCUCUUUCGCCAUGGCUGCGGGGCCGAUAUCCGAACGGAACCAGGAUGCCACUGUGUACGUGGGGGGCCUAGAUGAGAAGGUUAGUGAACCACUGCUCUGGGAACUCUUUCUCCAGGCAGGGCCCGUGGUCAACACCCACAUGCCAAAGGAUAGAGUCACUGGCCAGCACCAAGGUUAUGGCUUUGUUGAAUUCUUGAGUGAGGAAGAUGCUGACUAUGCCAUUAAGAUCAUGAACAUGAUCAAACUCUAUGGAAAGCCAAUACGUGUAAACAAGGCAUCUGCUCACAACAAAAACCUGGAUGUAGGGGCCAACAUUUUCAUUGGGAACCUGGACCCAGAGAUUGAUGAGAAGCUGCUUUAUGAUACUUUUAGCGCCUUUGGGGUCAUCUUACAAACACCUAAAAUUAUGCGGGACCCUGAUACAGGCAAUUCCAAAGGUUAUGCCUUUAUUAAUUUUGCUUCGUUUGAUGCUUCGGAUGCAGCAAUUGAGGCCAUGAAUGGGCAGUACCUCUGUAACCGCCCUAUCACUGUAUCUUAUGCGUUCAAGAAGGACUCUAAGGGCGAGCGUCAUGGCUCAGCAGCUGAACGACUUCUAGCAGCCCAGAACCCUCUCUCCCAGGCUGACCGUCCUCAUCAGCUGUUCGCAGAUGCGCCCCCUCCACCUUCCGCCCCCAACCCUGUGGUGUCAUCACUGGGAUCUGGGCUUCCUCCACCAGGCAUGCCUCCUCCUGGCUCCUUCCCACCUCCGGUGCCGCCUCCUGGAGCCCUCCCACCUGGGAUACCUCCUGCCAUGCCCCCACCACCUAUGCCGCCUGGGGCUGGAGGACAUGGCCCUCCAUCAGCAGGAACCCCAGGGGCUGGACAUCCUGGUCAUGGACAUUCUCAUCCUCACCCGUUCCCACCAGGUGGGAUGCCCCAUCCAGGAAUGUCUCAGAUGCAGCUGGCCCACCAUGGCCCUCAUGGCUUAGGACACCCACAUGCUGGACCUCCAGGCUCUGGGGGGCAGCCACCACCCCGACCACCACCUGGAAUGCCUCAUCCUGGACCUCCUCCAAUGGGCAUGCCUCCCCGAGGACCUCCCUUUGGCUCUCCCAUGGGUCACCCAGGUCCUAUGCCUCCACAUGGUAUGCGUGGGCCUCCUCCACUAAUGCCACCUCAUGGAUAUACUGGUCCUCCACGACCCCCACCCUAUGGCUACCAACGGGGGCCCCUCCCCCCACCCAGACCCACGCCCCGGCCUCCAGUUCCCCCUCGUGGCCCACUUCGAGGCCCUCUCCCUCAGUAAAUUCUCAUUCUUCUUCCUUCUGUUCUAUCCUUCUGAUAUCUUUUCGAUUCCUUGGACCAAUCAGAGUUGCUAUAGCUCUUUGGGGCUAGGGCGCUAAUCCCUCUCAGUCCCCCACCAAUGCAAUUUUUUUUAAAGGAGGUUUUUCUUUUUCGUUUUUCUUUUUUACGUUGGUCCAGUGUUUUGCAGAUAUCCAGAGAAAAUAAAACUUUGAUCCUUGUUUAUUCUUU